GAAAAUCUCGGCCAAGUGUUGAGGCGUGCGUGCAUGCCAGCGGCCCAGCGACUGCCAACGCCUGCGAGCCACAUGCCCCUGGCGCCCCCUUAUCCCAUCGUAGCCGCCACACGGCGCGCCGCCAGUGGCCCCGCGGAUGCGGCCUCAUCUCCCCGGCGCGGUUUUAGAUUUCCCUGGGCCCCUCCGAUCCACCACCUCGCGGCAGCCACGGUCAUCACAUACUUUCCGCGCCUCUUCUUCUGUGCUGUGCCCCUCUCCUCCCACCCAAACUGCGGAGGUACAGCAGCGACACGAUCUCGCCACCGCACGCACCUUGUCCGAAGCUCAGCACCGAUCUAUGGCGGCUCAGGCUCUCCUCUCCCGCCCGGCCGUGCAGUCGGCCGUCUCCAGGUCGUCGGCGAGGAAGGCGCCCUUCGUCGUCAGGGCCAGCUCCAGCCCUCCAGCCAAGCAAGGUGCCGACAGGCAGCUGUGGUUCGCGUCCAAGCAGUCCCUCUCCUACCUCGAUGGCACGCUGCCCGGCGACUAUGGAUUCGACCCGCUGGGGCUCUCGGACCCGGAGGGCACCGGCGGCUUCAUCGAGCCCAAGUGGCUGGCCUACGGCGAGGUGAUCAACGGGCGCUUCGCGAUGCUGGGAGCGGCGGGCGCCAUCGCCCCGGAGGUCUUCGGGAAGCUGGGCAUCAUCCCGCCGGAGACGGCGCUGCCGUGGUUCAAGACGGGGGUGAUCCCGCCGGCGGGCACCUACAACUACUGGGCCGACUCCUACACGCUCUUCGUCUUCAACAUGGCGCUCAUGGGCUUCGCCGAGCACCGCCGCCUCCAGGACUGGUACAACCCGGGCUCCAUGGGCAAGCAGUACUUCCUCGGCCUCGAGAAGUUCCUCGCCGGCUCCGGCGACCCGUCCUACCCCGGCGGCCCACUCUUCAACCCGCUCGGCUUCGGCAAGACCGAGAAGGAGAUGAAUGAGCUCAAGCUCAAGGAGAUCAAGAACGGCAGGCUCGCCAUGCUCGCCAUCCUCGGCUACUUCAUCCAGGGGCUCGUCACCGGCGUCGGCCCGUUCCAGAACCUGCUCGACCACCUCUCCGACCCCGUCAACAACAACGUGCUCACCAGCCUCAAGUUCCACUAGAACGUCCGUUGGUUGCUGCAUCAUACCUGUUGUUCAUAUGCUCUGGCUUGGCUGAUGCAUGGAAAGGAGCCUGAAGCGUUGCAUCAGGACUCAUGGCCAGCCUGCUGCUGCUUGUAACAAAUUAGUAUUGAUCUUGUUGAGACCACAAACUAUAUUGCACAUGGUAAAUCAAUGUACAAUUCCCUCCCUAGACGCUGAAAAAUUGAUCUUAAGGGCACACAUCCCCUAGGCAUCCAAUGGUGGAUGCACGUGGGGAUGUAUGUGUAGCAGAACUGCAGAAGAGAGCAUGUACUCUAUGUGUAUUCAAUGGUGAUGCACAUGGGAGCACGUAUGCUUAGAGACAAAACAGCAUUACAUUACCU